UGCUAAAUUAAAUAUCAAUAGAAAAAUUCUUUAUUUCUAUAAAUUUUAAAUACGUUGAAAAACUUGACAAAAAGACAGAAAAUACAAGUCUCACUGAACCAGUGUGCAAAGACUUGCUCUGGUCACAUUUAGUCAUUUAGAGGGCUUACAAAAAUAGAACAUACCAAAACAUCUGGAAGCUUCUAUGAUUAUAUAUGGUGUUAUAUUAUUUGAGACCAGUGUACCAGAAGAAGCAAGGAAAAAUCUGAAAAAAACGAUUCAGAUACUAAAAUAAAUUUCAAUGAAUUGUGUGUAUAUAUUCUUUUGUAAAGAACUUGUUGAUUUAAUCUUUGAUGUAAUGAAAUUCAGAAAAAGCAAAUUAAAAUAUAGUGAGUGUAAAUGCAUGCAGGUAGCAAGAGAAGAAGAAAGAAAGAGGAAAAAGUAUAGAUCCCGCCACAUUUUAAAACUUGAAAGCCUCUCUAACUAAUUUUCUGUUCCAUUGUUUCUCUCUCCUCUUGCAGAGCCACAACAACCAUGUUGCGCUUCUUCUUCGUGGCUCUCUGGUUUCUCUGCCUCCUCCCUCACGCUCUCCCCCACCCCUGCAUAGGCGUCACCUACUCCGCCCCCAGCGGCUCCUCCAGCCACCACUCCCAGGAGGUGGAGCGCAUCUCCGGUGGCCUCCGGCAGCUGAAGGCGAGAUCCCUCCGGUUGGAAAACGCGGACCCCUCUAUCACCCGGAGCCUCCUCUACACUAACACGACGCUCUUCCUCACCAUCCCCAAUUACAUGGUCUCUCAAAUCGCCCAAAACCGCUCCGUAGCAGAGUCCUGGCUCUACACCCACGUAGUACCAUUCUAUCCACGUGUCAAAAUCACCACCAUCUCAGUAGGCAACGCCUUCCCCGACGUGCACCCGGAAUCCCUCAACGACCUCCUCCCGGCAAUCUCCAACGUCCAUGUGUCCCUCCGCGUCCUCGGCAUCCGCAAGAUCAAAGUGUCCACGUCGUUCUCCUUCGUCACCGCCCUGUCAUCCCCGUUCCCGCCCUCAAACGCACAGUUUCAAGAACCCCCGGGGAUCACACUCUUCGGUCCGCUCCUCCAAUUCUUGCAGGAUACAGAUUCCUGCUUCUUGAUCAACCUCUACCCUUACAACCUCUACCGUUUGAACCCCGAGAUCCCCCUCGGCAUCGCGCUCUUCCAAGAAUAUCCUUUCAACUUCCGGGACGACUUCACCACCGGCGUCCGCUACCGCAACCUCUUCGACGUCAUGGUCGACGCCGUUGUCACCGCCCUCGCUGUCGCCGGCUACGAGACAAUCCCCCUCGUCGUGACCGAAACCGGCUGGCCAAGCUUUAGCGCCGUCGGGAACGAGUUCGAUGCCAACCUCGGCUACGCCGGGAUUUACCUGAAGGGCCUGGUGAAACACCUGAAGUCCGGGAUGGGAACGCCGUUGCUGAAGGACGGUGUGCGCGAGGUUUUCGUGUAUGAGAUGUUCGAUAAGGACGAAGGAACAGGAAGGAGUUGGGGGGUUCUCUACGCAAACGGAACUGUCAAGUAUCGCGUGGAUUUCUCCUCUUCCUCUCUUGCUUCUUCUCCUGUUGGCGUGACGGUGAUCAUCGUUUUCUUGAUUUUCGUCAUUGCGUGACUUUGUUAUCGGUUGAGUUGUGCUGUUUUUGUUGUGGAAUUUCUUCAUGCAGAGACUGACGUGGCCAUAAUUACAUUGGUUCUUCUCUUUUGUAUUUCUUGAUUGAUUAGGUUUUUUUGUAUGUCAUGAUAGAUAACAACAAUACAUCUGGUUCUUGUAUGAA